AUGAGCUUUUCUCUUUUACAGCACAAAAAAGCAGAAGAUGCACAAAGGGAUGGCCCGAAAAAACAUUACAUUGAAGACGGCAUGGUGUAUUACUGUAGUAUUCCAACAAUACACUGCGCCUUGGCAGCUGAAAAAUAUGAGGCAGUGCUUAUUUACAUGCAAUAA